AUGAAUAACCUCUUUACUGCCUUAAGGUUUCCAGAGUCAGAGGAAAAUCAAUACAUAAUGAAGAGUAUCAUGCGGGUUCUAGGGGUUGCUGAAAUAACUCCUGAGAUUGCUGGACCUUGCAUUGCUGGAUUGACUUCUAUUCUGGCUGAAGUUUGCAAGAACCCGAAGAAUCCAAUUUUCAAUCACUAUCUCUUUGAGUCAGUGGCUGUUCUUGUAAGGCGGGCAUGUGAGAGAGAUCUCUCUCUCAUACCAUCUUUUGAAACAAGACUGUUUCCUAGACUCCAGGAGAUCUUGGGAAAUGAUGUGACUGAGUUUUUGCCUUAUGCAUUCCAGCUCUUGGCUCAACUUGUUGAGUUGAAUAGACCACCCAUCUCAGAUACUUACAUGGAAAUUUUUAAACUUCUCUUGUCUCCAGAUUCAUGGAACAGAAAUUCAAAUGUCCCAGCCCUUGUGCGUCUCCUUCAGGCUUUUCUUGGGAAAGCACCUGAGAAGGUCAACCAAGAAGGGAGACUAGCCCAGGUGCUUGGCAUAUUUAACAGGCUUGUGUCAGCCCCAAGCACUGAUGAACAAGGCUUCUAUGUGCUGAACACUGUUAUUGAGAAUCUUGACUAUGGAGCGAUUGCUCCCUAUGUUGGUCACAUCUGGAAUGCCCUAUUCACUCGCUUGCUAAAUAAACGCACAGUAAAGUUUAUCAAGUCUCUUUUGAUCUUCAUGUCACUCUUUUUGGUCAAGCAUGGCUCUGCGAACCUUGUGGACUCUAUGAAUUCAGUGCAAGCUGGUAUAUUUAUGGCGAUUUUGGAGCAGUUCUGGAUACCUAAUCUCAAACUAAUCACUGGGCCCAUUGAGGUUAAGUUAGUAUCAGUUGCCUCGAUCCGACUUAUCUGUGAAUCUCCUGCCCUUUUGGAUGCUGGGGCCGUUAGACACUGGGGGAAAAUGCUGGACAGUAUUGUAACUCUCCUUUCACGACCAGAGGAGGAUAGAGUUGGAGAUGAACCCGAAAUGCCAGAUAUUGCUGAAAAUGCAGGUUAUACUGUUGCAUUUGUCAAUCUUUACAAUGCUGGAAAGAAGGAGGAGGAUCCUUUGAAGAACAUAAAAGAUCCUAAGGAAUUCUUAGCUACUUCAUUAGCGGAGCUUUCUGCUCGUUCACCUGGGAGGUUUCCCCAGAUCAUCAAUGAAAAUCUGGAUCCACCAAAUCGAGCAGCAUUGUUCCAGAUUUGCAGCACUUACAGCUGUCCAAUUGUUUAA